AUGGACAAGCCGCCGACGAAGACGCACUUCAAGACCAGCGAGGGGCGCUACUUGCUGUGGUCGGAGCGCACGGCAGGGCUGGUGCCCUUUGCCAACGGGCGCGCGACGCGGUUGACGGUCGCGGCGCUCAGAGGGGGCGCGGAGGGCGGGCAGUACAUGGUCUUCAACGUGGGGGAGCAGCUGCACAUCUGCCCCUAUGACGGCACGGAGAAGGAUCCGCUGCGGUCCCUCGUUUUCAACCCGACCUCGAUACGCGACGGCUACCCACGCGUGCACGCGUUUAUGGAGUCCCGGGACGGCCACGACCUGCUGGUUGGCAUCGCCAACGGCGAGGUGCACCUCAUGUCUCUGCGUGCGCAGCUGCAGCAGGCGGCGGGCUCGAGCAAACCGGUGAUAGCCGCGACGCUCAACGAGAGCGGCGUGCACGACGGCAGCCGCUGCUGCGCAGUCGCCUGGGUGCCGCGGUCGGGCGGCGCGCAGUUCUUGGUGGCGCACUCGAGCGGCAACAUCCUGGUUUACAAAAAGAGCGCCGUCAUGCUGGGCGAGGGCUCCGGGAAGCUUCUCUCGAUGUCGUCGCUGACGUCAUCGCGCCAGAGCGCCCACAACCCCUGCCAGACCGUCGCCGUCCCCGGCUGCGGCGGCGUAAACGACGUUGCCUUCAAUCCGGACGGCAACCGCCUGGCAGCUGCCUGCCGCGACGGGUCCGUGCGGCUGCUGGACUGGCCGAGCGGGCAGUGCGUGGCGGGGUACCGCUCGUAUUACGGGGCGGCGCUGUGCGUCUGCUGGUCGCCCGAUGGGCGGUUCGUGGCGUCCGGGGGCGAGGACGACCUGGUGGCGAUGUACAGCGUGCCCGACAAACAGGUGGUUGCGUUUGGCGAAGGCCACGGCAGCUUCGUGGGCCGCGUCGCGUUCGACCCCUGGGCCUGCACCGAGGGCAAGGAGGCCGCCUCCGCCGCAGCCGGCCUCAGCGGCGGCGGCGCGUCCAGCGCGGGCGGCGCGGGGCCGGCGCUGGUGGAGCGGACGUACCGGUUGGGCAGCGCGGGGCAGGACACGGCGCUGUGCCUGUGGGACCUGGUGCUGGAGGAGGACCCGGCUGCGGUCAACCAGCAGACGGGGCAGACGGGCAUCAAGCGCGUCGCGAGCUCCUCGCACGUGCCCAUCCCAAAGGUCAGCAGCGGCGCAAACUUGGCAGCGCUCUCGCAGGCCGACACGGCUGCCGCCCCAGGCGCAGGCGCGGCGCCGUCGCCGCCGCCGGCUGCCUCCAGCUGCAGCGGGGGCAACCACCACCAUCCGCCGCUGCCGCCGCCAUCGCCGUCGCCGUCGCCGUCGCCAUCGCCGUCGCCGCAGCCCCCGCACCACGGGUCACACUUUCACCAUCAGCACCACCAGCAGCAGCAGCAGCAGCAGCAACUCCAGCAGCCGCGGCCGGGCACGCCCGACGGCGGCGGCGGGGGCGCGUCUAUGGCGCGGCACGGCAGCGCAAACCUGCUGGCGCUGCUGGGCAAGCAUCCCGGCGGCCACCACGGGGCCGGCAACGGGCUGUUGGUGCCGCCCAACCCGAUCUGCCCGUCGGUCCCGCGGUCAGAGAUGACCAUCAUUCCUCCCAUCAUGCAGCACAAGCUGCACUGCGAGCCGCUGUCGGACGUGCUCUUCACGGACGAGGCCAUCUUCACCGCCUGCUACGGCGGCCAGCUCAAGUGCUGGGCGCGCCCCGCGACGCAGGCGCAGAUCGACGCCGCGGACCCGGCGCCGAUGCAGACGGGCUGA